AUGAAUAUCUUGCCUCACAAAAGCUGGCAUGUCUACAACAGGAAAAACAUUGAAAAGGUCCGAAAGGACGAGGCUAAAGCGAAACAAGAAGAAGAUGCUAAACGGGAUCGAGUCAUAAAAGCAGAAAGUGAAGCUCGAUUAGAAUUAUUACGACAUCGUGCAACGGGGAGACAGAGCAGUGACGAUGCAGCUUUGGUUCCUGCUUCAUCCACAGCAGGUUUCCGAUUGUUUGAUGAUCUGGAAACGAAUGCGGAAAAUGAAGAACGCAAAGCAGAAGAAAAAGCCAAGGAUGAAAAAUGGAAUCGACAGAUUACCAUGUAUCUCGAUAAAGACGUGAAAGAUACCGAUACUCCCUGGUAUGCAGGUCGACCCAAGGAAGAUGAAAAAUACAUUGAUAAACAUGUAAGGCGAUAUGUUCGUCAUGAAAACAAUCCGAAGAAAAGACGAAGAGAGCCGGUGAAAAUUAGCGAAGAUCCUUUGGCCACUGUGCGUCACCAUUUGGCUAAAAAAGAUAAGCACUCUCACAAAGAAUAUAAAGAGAAGGAUAAGAAGAAGAAAAAGAGCGAGGACAAAUCUUCUUCGCCUUCAUCGUCCUCCUCCUCCAUUGAAGCUUUGCGUGCUCAGCGUCUGGAACGCGAACGCAAGGAACGAGCACGAGCAAGAAGUAUGGUAUUUGGCAUUACUGAGCCGGAGCCGAAGCCAGAAUCAGCAGGACGCUACAGCUCCCAAUACAAUCCAUCUGAGACGGCGGAUGCGAGACGGCACAAAAGACGACGAUAA